AUGGCUCUCCAACAGUUUGUGUGCCGCUUCACUGUGGUGAUCAUUUUCUUCUGCAAAGGUUGUCAUUCAGAGCAGCCCGAAUGUGGCAUCAGGGCUGUGAACAGCAGCAACAUCACAGGAGCUCAUGAUGCAGCACCAGGAAGCUGGCCCUGGUUUGCUAAUGUACACCUUGUUGAUGGAGGGUCUGUGAUAGACGGGGCUUAUUGUGCAGGUUCUCUGAUCACCGACCAGUGGGUGCUGACAAGAGGAUUUCUACCACAAACACUGGUGGUCUAUCUGGGCCGCAACAGCCGGUCAGAUUCAAACCCAAAUGAAGUGUAUCGGACGCUGGAAAAAAUCAUCUGCGAUCCAAGUGACACAAUCUGUCUUCUGAAGCUGUCGGCUCCAGUGAAUUUCACAAACUACAUUCGGCCAACCUGCUUAGCCUCAGAAAACAGCACUUUCAACAAUGAGACCAGCAGCUGGGCCAUCGGUUACAUGAGUGGAGUCAGCAACAACCUGAAGGAGGCAAGCGUAUCAAUAUUGGGAAACAAUGAGUGCACAGCCAUCUAUCCAGGGAUCAGAGGCAGCAUCAUCUGUACGAGAGCGUCGGAUUUAUGUUGGAAUACUUUUGGGGCACCACUCAUGACUCAGAGUGAAUCUGUCUGGCUCCAGAGUGGACUUUUGACGGUCAUUAAAUGUGAUGAAUCUCUUUUUGUAUACACUGCUUUGUCUCAGUACCAGAAAUGGAUCAGCAAAACAGUCACAGGGACGCCACCAGGCUUUGUUACCUUCCCCUCCCCACACAGUUCAUUGCAAACCACUGCUCCUCCCACUGCUCCUCCCACUGCUCCUCCUACUGCUCCUCCCACCGCCCCUUCCACCACAUCUCCCACUGCCCCUCCCAUCAUCCCGACAUGUGUCGGUGUGUUUUGCAGUGGUGAAAACCUGAUCCACUUCACUUACUCCACAUCACUGUGUGUUCUUGUUGUGUUGCUUCAUGUGUUUGCUGGAACUGUUGGAAACUAGAUCAACACAUUUACUCAAGUUCAAGUACAAACAUGAAGAAUUUUACCUGACAUGUUACUUUACAACUUUAAGAACCUUUGAUUCCAGGAGGGUUUUUUUAAUAAAGGUAUUAUUUUUAUUUGAUUUUUUUCCCUCUAUACAUCUGUUUGUAUUUGCUGUCUAAAAAUUGGUUGUCAUUAAGAAAUGAAGCCUUCUUAAAUAAUUCUGAGUGAAAUGUUAACAUGUUGUUAUCACACAUUCACUCAUUUCUGUUGUUUGCUCAAAAUCUUAAAGUAAUCAAUUAAAAUCCUUUGAAAUCUU